AGCUGUUUACGUCUUGCAACUCUCAUCUCUAGACUUCAAAUGUAAAUUUAACGAAAUUAGCAAAAAAUCAUAAAUAUUAGGCGAAUUUGAGAGAUUUUUCAAUGGCAGACGAUCCAAACAAACCCUCUACCUCGUCGAAAACUGAAGAUGCUCCCCUGUUCCCGCCCGCAAAACCAGGAAAACGAGUUGACUAUGGGACAAACAACACAUUGGAGCUGCUGGAGCGGAUUCCCAGCCAGGUGGUGGAUCUCAAGCUGGACGAUGUGCUGACAGCCGUCAAGGAAGUGGAUAACCUCUGCGACUACCCGCGCUGCAAGACCAAAACCAGCCUGAUGGGCCAGGACUGCCAGCAUUGCAAGAAGAGAUUCUGCUUCAAGCACGGACUGCCAGAGGUGCACGGAUGUGGCGAGGAGAUCAAGCGGGACGAGCGCAAAAAGUUCCUGCACCCGAAGCCGGCGAAAACCAUCAGGCAGGAGGAGGAUGUAAAGAAUGCGAAAAAGCGUCUGGAUGCUAAGUUAAAGGAAAUGCAGUUGGGACGCACUCAAAAAGCCACCGGCGGAGGUUCCAAAAAAAAGAACGCAAAAUAGGAAGAAGUCUGAUUUCGUUAGUUUAUUAAAUCCUUAAAAAUCCAAUGUUCUCAAAGGUGUUAUAAAUAAUAUCAGUAUCGUGUUCAAUUUA